GUUUGAUAGCAGCGGGGAUAGCCCGGGGCCCCGUGUAUGGCCACGGAGUUACAGCGUCCGGACUCCAUGCCCUGUCACAACCGGCAAGUAAACUCUACUUCUAGCCCAAGUCCAGAGCGUCUGCUAGCCGAGGACCCAGUCCUGGAUCAUGCAGAGGAAAAUAAGGCUGCUAUGGCUAAGCUGACUCUCCUCCCUGGGCACGCCCAUUCUAGCGUGCUUUCGGAGCGGGACUCUCCGGCCUGCUGCAGCACUAAUCUUCACUCUGAGAACCACAGUGACAGUAGUGACAGUGGCAACUACGACGCACCUGUCGGUGACUCCCUGCUAGGGGACUGUGAACUCUCCCGACAGAUUGGGGCUCAGCUUAAAUUGCUGCCUAUGAAUGAUCAGAUCCGGGAGCUGCAGACCAUCAUCCGGGACAAGACAGCCAGUAGAGGGGACUUCAUGUUUUCUGCAGAUCGCUUGAUCAGACUUGUUGUAGAAGAGGGAUUGAAUCAGCUACCGUAUGAAGAAUGUAUGGUGACCACUCCGACGGGGCACAAGUAUGAAGGAGUGAAAUUUGAGAAAGGAAAUUGUGGGGUCAGCAUAAUGAGAAGCGGUGAGGCAAUGGAACAAGGUUUGCGAGACUGCUGUAGAUCCAUACGGAUUGGGAAGAUCCUGAUUCAGAGUGAUGAGGAGACACAAAGGGCCAAAGUAUAUUAUGCCAAGUUCCCCCCAGACAUUCAUCGCAGAAAAGUCCUUCUGAUGUAUCCAAUUCUCAGUACUGGAAAUACUGUAAUCGAAGCUGUAAAGGUUCUUAUAGAACAUGGAGUUCAACCCAGUGUUAUUAUCCUACUCAGUCUCUUCUCCACUCCCCAUGGUGCCAAAUCAAUCAUUCAAGAAUUUCCAGAGAUCACAAUUCUAACUACUGAAGUUCAUCCUGUCGCACCUACACAUUUUGGACAGAAAUACUUUGGAACAGACUAAGUUAUUAAAGGAAAAUGGAUAUGCCUUGCAUAAUGAUAUGGUUGCAAAUGGAUUUCAUAUCUGUUUUUACUAAUUUGAGAAAUAAUGGAGAAAAUAUGUUAGGAAUGCCUUUUAACAUUGGAAGUAGGUGUAGCAACAAGAAAUAUUGGAAGUUUAUUUAUUUGAUUUGGUCAUUUCUUCACAUGUGGUACCAAAUUCAACAAUGAAGCACAACUACAGUGCUUAGAAAAGAUGGAAAUUUUAAUUGUAUGUUAAUAGAAGUCACUGAAUCCUCAGUUAGUACAUGCAAACUGUAGAACUUGUGACCCCCGCUCUUGGUUUGGAAGUUGCUUGCAGCUACAAAGAAAACCCAUGUGAGACUCAGUUCUUUGGCAAACUGCAGUUUACAUUUUCCUUACUGUGUUUUAGCUCUAGAAUGUUUUCCUGUAUGUGGCUCUUGUGGCUCUUGUGA